UGGCUACGUGGUUCACGUCAUUGAAAGCAUUGUUAGCCCGGGAAGCAUACGUUUGGGCUUUGGUGCAGUUAUCAAUAGCUGUCUCCAGGAGGGUGUCCUUGAGCUUGUUAAUCUCCUUUUUGUCCCCGUCGGCCUUUUUGUAACGGUCCAGGAGACCUUGGAUGCCCUGGCACAUGUACAUGUUCUUAUAGAGCAUGCCGACCACAACAGGCGCUGCUGUCUUCAUGCAGUUCUCAAUAACAGUAUGGUCGCUGGACCCGACGAUCCCAAUAAUAGUUCCGGUUAUGUUGGAAAGAGACGUCCUACGCAGAAGAGAAUUAUUGAAAAGGGGUGCGGCGUUCCUAAUGCCUGGGAUAUCGUACCAAAUGCUGGAAAGUAUCCUAUCCAGCACUAGGCUGUCUGUCUUUCUCAUCACGAGGCUGAACGCGUCUUCCAUGAGGUUUUCGUACUCAUCGAGUUUGCCAUGAGAAAGAGCUUCUUGGGCAGAUUCAACGGUGGCGUGGAAGAGAGCGUCCAGAUUGUCAACGGUUGGAAUGGAAACAGUCUUGGCCAACUUCGAAACGCAAACCACAUUAUACCCCGUCGUGAAUAAUAUCAAUGCCUUUGCGGUCACCCACAAAUUCUACCUGGACCAGCUCAAGAAGACUGCCAAUGAUUGGGCCUCGGCGCCGGAUGAUGAGAAAAGAGAGCAAGCUAUCAAGUCUGGCAAAAGCUUCGUCAGCCAUGCCAAGCAGUGGUCAAAGGUCUUGAACACGUCCAUCCUGAAUACUAAGGAUGCUGUCAACAUCAUGACUGCUCAGCUCCACGACGUCAAGUCUCAGCUCGUAAUUCAGUUGCAGCUACUCAAGGAUAAGUUGUCGGCUCUACAGAACACGCUUAAGGUCCAAGAAGAUGCACUAGAUGAGCUCAGAGCUGCAUUUUGGGGCUCGCUGGCAGCGACGUUAUUCGGGUUGGUUGUCCUUGUGAUGCUAUUCGCCACUGGAGUCGGCAGUGUCUUAGCCAUUGCCGGUGCCGGCUUCCUUUUCAUCGGAGGUCUCGUCACCAUGUUAGCCUUGUCCAUCAAGGUAACGGAGCUAGCCAGGCAGGUAUCUCAGACGAAAUCGCAGAUUGAUGUCACCAACACAGCCAUUUCGCAACUUUCUUCGGUGGUCGCGAACUUUACAGAGCUAGAUAGCCUAUAUGGCGUUCUAAACAUGUUCUGGGGGAGGAUGGGCGACCAAGCUAACACCCUAGGCACCAUGGAUGAUGUAACAGCUAUGAUGCUGUGCUCGGAAAUCCUCGAGGACACUUCUUCCAUCGAUGCUGCGCUGAGCGUCACCGCUGAGAUUUCCGGGGCUGCUCUCACCUACCUGGAUGUCUUGAACAAGCAAGGCAUUGAUAUUCCUGAUGAGCUGACAGUCGCAAAGUCGCACUACCGGACGAUGUACCUACCUUGCCUUCAGCGUGCGGGUCAAAACUUGGAGACUCAACAGCACGCCUGGCGACGCAACGCCGAGACGGGUGACACCGUCCUGAAGAACCCACUUGGACCACUGUACUGUAGGUUCCGAACCGUCCGAUGGAGGGUCCUGGAGGUAUCUCUUGUACAGGUAGCCGUCGGAUCGCACGGUGACAGGUCCAAGAUCCGUUGCCGUGAACUCGGAUGUGGAUUCAAUGAGCGUCUGAUCUGCUAUGGUAUACGUGCCCGCUUCGAAGUCGACCUUCAAACUCCAAGUGUUGCUCUGGUCGUCGAGAGCCACGACGCUGUUGUUCCAGUAAGCCAUCCGAGACCACGUUGGCGGCGCAUUCGGAGCGCUUCCUUUCUUCGAAUACGAAAUGGCAUUCCAUGUGUUGGACGGAUAGAUAUCAUCCUUAGCUAGAUACUGAAUAGAGUUGUCCCGAUUAAGGAUCAAGAGGUUGAA